AUGUAUACAAACAUCUUUGAAGAAAAUGUGCUAAUGGCCCUGCUGGAAAUACUGAACCGAGAGGAGGAUAUCCUGGAAUCACAACGGAUCGGUAGGGAGUCGUUAACAAGACAAUUCAACUUGACAAUAAGGACAAGCUAUUUUACAUUCAACGGAAACAUCUAUGAACAAAUAUUUGGACUUCCUAUGGGAUCGCAGCUCUCCACUAUUGGCGAACGUAUGCAUGAACAAAAUAGAAGAGAAGUUCAAGAUGGCACCGCUACAACCGGCAGUGCUCAUGCGGUAUCUGGAUGA